AUGGAWGAGGCACAGGGUACAGCUAUGGUCGUUUUAAACGUAUCCUUUGCCSUCAUUGGGACAUUUGGGAACAUUUUAAUAAUCUUUGCCGUCUUAAAAACACCUCAACUUYGUCAGAGGCCRUCAAAUUACCUUAUUUUAAGUCUUGCUGUAGCAGAUUUGAUAGUGACACUGGUAGCACAGCCAUUGCUUAUUGCAAUAAUACUGAAGUCAUUUGGCAAUCGGUGCAGCGUURGAGUCCAMAUAGCGUAUGURAURGCAGCGGCCCUUUGUAGUGGUAGUUCUGUAAACCAUUUGGCAGCCAUAAGCAUCGAYAGAGCRAUCGCAACGGUUAAACCCCAUAAAUACCUCACCAUUAUGAAGAAGUACUACAAGAUAAUGCUGUCUCUCUGUUGGGGAWMAACUUCGGUGGCUACAAUUUKCURUWUCGCUAUAGUUGUGGUCAAGGGAGGCGAAAGCGGUGCUCUGACCUYAAGCAUYUUCAAUGUMAUGUUCAUUGCUAUAGUUUUUUUCCUCGUSAYUGGUUCAUACGCGAUUAUUCUCUACAAAAUCAAAGUCCAGAGAGUCCAACAARCUAUGGGAACRACGUCAUCCGMGGCRCGUAAUAGAGCCAUGGAAAAAAGAGUUUCUGGAACUAUMGCWAUUGUUAUCAUUYUUUUCGUCGUUUGCUGGUUACCGCAUCUUGUAUACAAAKCAUUGMACACUCAAACKUCUGUGUAUUGYAWRUUUGAUUCAACGCUCAUGUGGACUCGUUUGCUGUACUCGGYYAACUCCUCCGUGAACUUCAUCGUUUACAGUUUGAGAAUUCAGCAAUUCCGUGCUGCAUUCUUUAGAAUCAUCAAAAGCAUGAUGCAACCAUUUCAGACGAUCGUGAGAAAAUGUCUUCGCAAAAGUCCUGGGCAACAAAAUAUGCAAGCAGCACCGAAUACUGCUGAGCCAAGAGUGCGACUUGAUGUGAAAGACGCGAAUGAAAUAAUUCAAAUCCAAGCAACUGAUCGGUGA